UUAAGCUUUUUUAAUGUUGUUUUCUGGAAUUUGUCAGCUUUUUUUGUCUACUGUCCAAGUUAGAAACGGCUUUUUUUCCUGAUGAAAAGUUGCCAGCACUGCGCAGCACCAAGAGUAUCCAUUCGUUAUGAAAAUAUGUUGGAGGGAAUUGCUAAAAUGUCCUGCUGGUACUUGGAGCACCUAAGUACGCAGGAGCGGGUGGUCCUCCCGAAUGGGAAGAUCACGAUUGGCCGCCACUCGGCCUGCAGGAUUGUUUUGAAAUAUGCAUUCAUGUCGAGGGAGCAUGUGGAGAUGUCUGUUAACCCUAAUGCAGUCUUAGUGAGGUGUUUGAAUGCCCCUAAUGGUGUAUUUGUGAAUAAUGCGGAAAUUAAGAAGGAACUUGAUUGUGUGCCUGUACGCGAAGGAGAUGUAAUCAGCCUGGGUUGUCCACUGCCGGAGGAGAAGUGCUCUAAGACAUGGGCCGUCUUCAGCUUGAAAAAAAUUCCUGUCCAAACAGAAGAAAUUGUGCUAUCCAGCGAUUCGGACGACGACUCACUUCUUCUGGCGCCUCUAAAGGCUGCUGUUCAAUGCAAGGUAGAACCUGAUCUGAACAUUAGCGAGCAGAUUCCAAAUACCGCAAACGAUAAUGCUUCCCGCAAAGAGAACGAUGAGGAGAGUCCAGCUACAUCCACAGCCAGUUCACAUCCGAUCCUCCACCUGCCAAAGGUGCCACAAGUUAAGCCAGAGUGGGUGCAGACGGCCAAAGAUAUAACAAACAUAUUUGGGGAGGCGGAUGAGGCCAUUAUAGGCAGUGUUCUGGACAUAAAUCCAUACCUUUAUAAUCAUUUAUCGAAAGAUAAGGAAGCGGUGCCAAUCUCAAAGCUGCACGAUGGUCAAGUUAUUGAGCUGGACGAGAACGAGGAUAACAUCAGGCCGGAGGACCCGCCGUGUCCGCAAACGGACAACGCGGCCGGCAGCAUGCUGCCACCCUGUCCGCCACCGCCGUUGUUGGGGGAAACCGUUGAGGACUACGAUGAAACUAUGGCUAUGUCGCAGGCGGUCCUUCAAGAGAUGAAGGACGAGAUGGCAUUCAGCGAUGGCGAGGAGAACUUUUUUGAGUCAAACAAUGAGGGCAGCUACCGCGGCUCAUCCUUGUCUCCAUCGAAUGAUGACGAUGACAUUAUUGUGAUCACGGACAGCGACGAUGACGACCUCUGCAGCAAGGUGACCGACUGGUCGAACAAGCUGCUCAGCCAGAAAGCACCCGACGCCUUGUCACAGGCCUAUCCCAUGGCCGAUUCUGAUGCGGAGGUAGAUUUUCAAUCUCAAAUGAUAUUCCGUAGCCGGCCGGAGGCGCUUCGCAUACUGGAUUCCAGCGAUGAGGAAUCGGAUCAGCCUGCCCCACGCCUCUUCCCUAAAUACUCCAAGCCACUGCGCAUUGAUUCCAGCUCGGAUGAGAGUGACUCUUGCACCCACAACAUCCGUAAGGCGGACAAGGCAUCGUCAAAGCCAUCUCCCAGUCGCUCAAAGUCUGUUGGCAGCGAGUUGAGCUCCACCGUAGAUGACGGUCAAUUGUUCACGCGGCGUCAGCGAAAGGAUCCGCAGGACAUCUUUGAAGGACCGCAGUUCUCUCCAGAAGAUAGCGAAGAUGACGAUUGGGAUUUCGAUAGCGUGAUCUUUGAAGCCUUGAAGGACGAGUCCUCCCAUAAUGAAGAAAACGAUAACUCAGUGGAGAAAACCAACGAUAAAUCAGUUCGUGACGUAUCCAAGAAGUCAAAAAAUGUCGAGGGCCCAGAGCAAAUAGAUUUAGAUAUUUCCACGGAGAUUGAGCUGCUAGCUAACCCAAUCGAAUCGCCUUCAAUGGGGGCAGCAAAGCAAACGGAGGAAGCUGACGCUUCUGCGGAUAAGCUAAAUGAAACUCCUUCACCAAAGAAAGCCAAUGUGGAGCCUGUGGUGGCCAGCAAAGAUACCAAGCAGUCCAGAAUCUCCCGUCGACGAUCAACCAUAGCAGUCUCCUGCGAAGACUUGGCUGUCACUUCUGUGGAGAAGCCUAAUGAAACUCCUUCCGUAGAGAAAACCAAAGAUAAAGUGCAGCCUACCGUUUCCAAGAAUCACUCGAAGGCGAAGGUUUCUUCUAUAGAGAAAGAUUCUCCCGCAAAACCAAAGGAAGCUCCUUCGAUGGAGAAAGCCAAAGCAGAGCAGCCUGCAGUUUCCAACAGGAAAUCCAGAAUCGCCCAUCGACGAUCAACCGUAUCAGUAUCCCGCGAAGAAUUGGCUGCCACUUCCGGGGAGAAACCAAAGAAAGUGCCUUUGGUGGACAAAGCCAAAGAUAAAGUGGAGCCUUCAGCUUCCAACAAAAAUCACUCGAAGGCUAAGGAGUCUUCUGUGAAGAAAGAUGUGCCAUCUAAACCAAAGGAAGUGGAGAAAACUAAAGCAGCCAGUAAGGAUACCAACAAAUGCAGAAUCUCCCUUCGCCGAUCAACCAUUGCAGUCUCCCACGAAGAGUUUGCUGACGCUUGUGGCGAAAAGCCAAAAGAACCUUCUUCCGUAGAGAAGGCCAAAGAUAAAGCGCAGCCUGCAGUUUCCAAAAAAGAUCAAGCGAAAGCGAAGGGUUCUUCUACGGAGAAAGACUCUCCUUCUAAACGAAAGGACCCUCCUAAAGUGGAGCCUGAAGUGGCAAGCAAGAAGUCGCGAAUCACCAAACGACGAUCCACCGUAGCCGUCUCUCGCGAAGAGUUUGCUGACGCUUGUGCGAAGGAGCCAAAAGAAACUCCUUUAGCAGAUAAAGGCAAAGUGGAACCAGCAGUUUCCAACAAAGAUCAACCAAAAGCUAAGAGUUCUUCUAUAGAGAAAGAGUCUCCUUCUAAACGAAAGGAUGCUCCUGAAGUGGCAAACAAGAAGUCCCGAAUCUCCCAACGACGAUCCACCGUAGCCGUCUCUCGCGAACAGUUUGCUGACGCUUGUGCGAAGGAACAAAAAGAAACUCCUUUAGCAGAUAAAUGCAAAGUGGAGCAAGCACCCAAAGAGAAUGAGCCACCAGCCAAGCCAAAGAAAGAAUCUCCUUCGAAAAGAGAGCCCAGCGCACGACUUCGCAGCCGAGCCACUUCGUGCUACUACGAGAGACCCAAAGCCGAACCAGACCUGCCGACAAGCAUUGUCAACGCCAUGGACAUGAAGCAGAUGAGGGGACCAGAAGUGAUUGAGGCUCCUUCGUUGCCCAAGUAUCGGGGCAAGCUGCGUGGCGUUUCGGCUGAACCCAAAGCUAAGGUUUUGGACCGCCAGCGAUUCCUUGACUAUCAGGCCGAAAUGAAUGCCAGAUGGAAGGAAAAGCCCAAAGCGAAGAAAACUGUUGAUGCCGAAGCAAAGGACAAGCGUCGCGAGGCACUCAAAAAACUGUCGGAGAAGAAGCCGGCCGAGGACGAGCAGCCGGCCAGCAGCAAGAGAAAGGCCACCACCAGUGUGCCAAAAGUGGGCAAUUCUAAUCGUGGUGCCUUCCUUACUGAGGGCAUCAAUGGACUGCCGCCCUCAAAGAUGCCCAAAAUGGACCCCCUCAAGCCACUCAAGAACCGACGUGCCACAAUUGACUUUGAAACCUUCUCGCAGCAGAUUCAGGCGCCUGAUUUAAUGCCAAGGCGAGCGCCGGGACGUCCGCCAGAGCGCAAAGAGGCCGAGUGUGCCAGAAAUCAGCGCACAUGCAAUCGCGUCACCUUCGCCAGCAUGGAGAAGGAUAUGGAGGAGAAGUUGAGGUUCCAGAAGAUGUCGAAACGCGUGCGAUUCAACGACAAAGUUCAGAUCAAAUACAUUGAGAGUAGGCAUGCGGCUGACGGCCAUCGCCGCAUGCACCCAGUGCAGGGAAAAAAAGAUACGGAGCUGCUGUUCUUCAGCACGUAUGCCGAAAGACGUGAACGCUGGUCGAGCAUUCAGAUGAACGAUAAAACGUCCUACUUCGAGACCAUACUCAAGUGGGCAAAUCAAUGGCUGAAGCUGCGCAGUGUGGAUGCUGUGGCCGAUUUAGAUGUCCUGAAGCCCAUUGCACCCGAAUUCGAGAACUUCAAGCAUUACAAGGAAAUCUUUGUGCCGUUGAUGAAAAUGGAGCUGUUGAGCACAAUCGAAAGGGACUACAAAUUGGGUAGGGAGUCAUAUGAGGUCUGCCUGCAACAUCCUGUUGACGAAAAUAAAUCCUUUUACUGCCUGUCUACGCGAGUCUUCAGUAAGCCGCCAGUAAAGUAUAUGCUCUACACUCUAUCGAGCGGCGACAAGCUCAAGGAGACGUUUGCCAAUCUGCGGGAGCAAAGAACCAAAAAUGGCCAUGAGCUGAUUUUUGAAAUCCUUAAGGAUGGCAUUUCUCUGGAAACAUUUAAGGGGAUCAAACUCUUGACCGCCCGCCCGGUGGUGGACAGCUUGAGGGUGGAUCUGGGCGCACUGCGAGCUGUCGAUCAGCUGUCACGCUCGCCACUCUAUCGAAGGAUUAUCAAGCCCACCGAAAUGCUGAGGAAUGCCCGCAUACCCAACUAUGGAACACCGUUUGUUUUCAAGGGUUUCGCGAAGCUCAACCCGCACCAAGAGGUCAUCUGCUCCAGCACGUAUCAACGUGUCAUAGACAACGUGCCAAGCAUUACGCUGAUUCAGGGUCCACCAGGCACCGGUAAAUCCAUGAUCAUUGCGAAUAUCAGCUUCCAGUGUCUGUAUGGAAAGGCGGCCUUAAAAAUGGACCGCAAGAUCCUUAUCUGUGCCCACUCCAACACGGCCGUCGAUUCAAUUAUGGGCCGUCUUCAUCAAGUGCGAGAGAAUUUCUGUGAGACGGAUCGCUUUCAGAUGCUGCGCUAUGGGCUGUACGACAAGAUGAGUCCUCUGUCGCGGCGCUACUCGCUGGAGCAUAAUUACGAGCGCGCCAAGAACCAGAAACGAAAACGCGUGAGUGACGACAAUAGAGUGAUUCUCAAACAGCGGCACAACGAAUUGGAAGCGGAGGUUAACGAAAUGAAGAAGAAAAAUCUCAAUGGCACCUGGCUGUUCGACAAGUACCAGGAGAAGGUGAAGCAGCUGCAGAUCUACGAGGAGCAGCUCAAUCCUCGAUUGACACAGCGCGAGGAGUUCAAUAUUGCCGAAUCGCAUAUAAAAGGAGCCAACAUAGUGUGCACCACACUCUCCUCGUGCGUGAAGCUGUCCAGCUAUAUUAACUACUUUGAUAUCUGUUUAAUUGACGAGGCCACACAGUGCACCGAGCCGUGGACCCUGCUGCCGAUGCGUUUCGGCAUUCCGCAUCUGGUAUUGGUGGGCGAUACGCAGCAGUUGCCUGCCAUCGUGCUCUCCCAGAAGGCUGUCGAUUUCGGCUUGGCCAAGUCAAUGUUCGAUCGCAUUCAGCGGAGCCUGGAGAAGCAGCAGGCGGACCAGCCGCAUGCCCAUCUGUCCGUUCACACCAAAUUGUUCAAGCUGACCACGCAGUACCGCAUGCAUCCGGAGAUCUGCAAGUGGCCAAAUCGCUACUUCUACGAGGAUCAGCUGGUCAAUCAAGAGGGCCUCGAGAGGUUACUCGCAACACCCAUACUUCCCUACGCUGUCAUAAACCUUGGCUUCACCAGGGACUCCUGUGAUCCGAAAACUCGGAGCAUUAGCAACGAGGAGGAGGCUCGCUUUGUGACCAAGCUGCUGACGGAGAUGGACAAGCAUUUGCCGAGCAAACGCUACGGCUAUGGGCUGAUCUCGCCGUACAGCAGCCAAUGCUAUGCGCUGAGCCAAAUGCUGCCCACCCACAUGAGGCUUUUACCACCGCUCACUGUGGAUGCCUAUCAGGGCAUGGAGAGCGACGUGGUCGUCAUUUCGAAUGCCAGAACACGCGGUAGCGGAUUCCUGGCCAACUACCAGAGACUCAAUGUGGCCGUUACCAGGCCCAGGCGCUGCCUAAUCAUCUGCGGCAAUUUCAAUGAUCUUCAGAACGUAGGCAUGUGGGGCGACCUGCUGGACGAUGCCCGCAAGAGGGGGAUUUACUUUGACUUGAAGCGUGAGGAUGUUGCCAAUCUGAGCGAGUCCUUGAUAAGCAAACUGCUGGUGAAGCCCCAAGUGAACGGGGCAUAGGAUGUAGGAACAAUGCGUUACAGUGCCUGGAGGCAAAGCCCAUGAAACGGGUCUUCCCCAAAUAUAUCGAAUUUAAUAAACACUCAAGAUUUAGUUGGAUUUACAUACAAUCAUAUUCUCAUUUUUUUGUUCUUUUGUAACAUUAAUAGAGGACUGAAAAUUUCGAUUUCUUUGUACACAUAAUUUGCUUAAAAACAUUUUCCGACCUGCCUUAUCCGCAUUACCUUCGUAUAUAACAGGAUUUAUAUAUGAAACUUUCUCUAUAUAGUAUAUAUAUUAUAUAUGGUUUUUUUGUGUGAAAAAGUGAAUGAAUUAAAGGAAAAUAAGAAAUGUUAAAUAAAAAUGACUGGAAUUCAG